AUGCCAUUGAACCUCGGCCCUUUGCUACUUGAGGGACUUGCUGGUGAGAAGCACGUUGGGAGCUUUACGCUUACACCUGACCAAGACUUGGCUGGUCAGUUCUUCGGUGGCUCACACUACCGACUCAAUGGCCUAGACCCGACUCUGAAGGGCGCACUGCCCAAAAGCGAGUUUGUCGCAGAUGGCAUAGUGGUUCUCCAUUUGGAGAUUAGCACAUCGGGAAUUUACAACGAUAUCCAACAGGGUAAGGUCUUUCACUUUUCGAGUGCCCCUCAACUCCGUCGAUGUUCUUAUGAGGUCAAUGAGGCGGGCGAGAGAGGAGUGACUAGGGACCAUCCUAUCUUUGAUUCCACAGACCACGCUGAGCCCACACCAUUUACUCAAUGGAAAAUCAAGGUGCUGAACCCGGAGGAAUUCGAUUUGAGUGGGUUAACAGGGGUUGAUCUUGAUUGGAAAGGACAUGUUCGUUUUGAUCCGACGAGAAAGUUACAGUGA